CCGGCAGACCAAGCGACGGAAACACAGGAAGGCGAGGGAGGACUGGAAGACAGCCUUUUAAACACCUCACCUUAUUAAACCUCCACCUUAUUUCUCGCCGCCCAGUGCCUUCCACCCGCCCAGGAUGAGUGAGGACAAGGAACUGGCGGAGCUGAGGGCGCGGCGCAUGCAGGAACUCCAGGGCAUGCAGCAGCAGCAUCAGAAGCAGGAGGAGAUGCAGCAGCAGCAGCAGCAGGCAAUCAAUGGACUUCUCAACCAGGUGUUAGAUCAGCAGGCCAGGGCAAGAUUGAACACCAUCAGCGUUGCCAAGCCGGAGCGAGGGCGGCAGCUGGAGUCGGUGAUCCUGCAGAUGGCUACCACGGGACAGCUGGCCGGCAAACUGACCGAGGCCGACCUGGUGGCGCUUGUAGAGAGAGUCAAUGCACAGACCCAAAAGACGACUUCGGUUAAGUUUGAUCGGCGCCGUGCUGCCUUUGAUGACGAGGAUGAUUGGUAGCCUGACCCCCCACCCCCCAUGCACACACACCCCCUGACCUCACCUGACUUGACCUCUCUCUCUCUCUCCAUAACCUAACCUAACCUAGCCAGUCAGUCAGUCAGUCGGGCAGUGUGUGUCUGUCUGUCUGUUCGUCUUUCAUUGGUUAAGCUGAUGAUGAUGAUGAUUUGUGCCUCUCUGUGUGUGUGUGUGUGUGUGUGUGUGUGUGUGUGUGUGUACAUUUAGACGCACAUAUUUGUACUUAUUUCACUAUUAUUAAUGUUGCUACUACUACUACUACUA